GGACUUGGUGGGGAACCAUAGCGCAUUGGCGCACGACACUACGAUCGGAAGUUUUGGAACAGCCCUAGAACCGUUUCUCGUCAUCGAUAUCACUGUAUCGCCGAGAAAGCCAUUUACUUGAACUUCAGCCACCAAGUGUAAUCAUCAUCGCGCGGUGCAGUUCGUGCGCUUCAAAAGCAAGUCGAGAGUAACAGCCUCGAGACAGGUCGGUAAUUCGGACGUCCGAUGUCUUCGGCAAUUCGCCCUGGUACCCCAACGGAGAAGGAGAAAUGAGCGAACCUUAAGAUAGAUGCUGCAUGCGUGUGGUAUUUGACAUUGAUCUCGAGAAUACACACUCGCAACAUACACUCCUCAGCUGAUUCGCCAUUAUGCCUCACGCACUCACUUCCCGCGAUUCCACGAUGGAGGCCAAGCCACUUGGGUCUUACCCCCCAACUGGCAUUGACGUCCUCAUCGUGGGCACUGGUUUGGCUGGUCUGGUAGCUGCGCUAGAAUGCACGCGCAAAGGCCACAAUGUUCGAGUCUUGGAGAGGAAUGCAGACAUUAACACGGCUGGUGAUAUGUACUUCAUGGGGCUGAGCGCGACGCGAUUCUUGAAGCAUUGGCCCGAACUGCUGAAGGAGUACAAGAAGAUCUCCCUCCACAAUGCCUGGAUCGAGACAUUCAAGCACUCUGGCGAGGUUGUGAUUGGGCCAAAGAAGGUUGCAGACCGUCUGCGCGAUCAAGGAUUGGAUCCAGACACUCCUCCCGGCGAGUUCCAAAUGCGCCCACUCGUCUACAAGAUGUUUGUCAGUGCGGUUGAAAAGCAGGGCGUGUCUGUAGAGUUCAAUCGGAAAAUUGUUGACUACUUUGAGGAUGAGCAGACCGGAAAGGGAGGCUGUGUGGCAGAUGACGGCCAGCGCUACGAGGCAGAUGUUGUGAUUGCGGCUGACGGUGUCGGAUCAAAGAGCCAGAAGUUGGUCGGCGGACAGGUACGCGCGAGACCUUCUGGAAGGGCCAUGUGGCGUGCUGCUUUCCCCCGCGCAGAGCUAGACAAGAACCCGAAGGUGAAAGAGUUUUUCAAACUGAUGCCAGGUAAUGAAUCAAUUGUGAGGACAUGGCUAGGCCCUUCUUCAUACGCUUUAACGCUGUCUCGAGAGGAUGUAAUGGUGUGGAUCAUGAACCACGACGUUACCGGCACAGAGAAGGAGAGCUGGAACAACACCAUCGAGAAGGAGGAAGUUCUGCAAGGCAUGGAUGAGAUGCCAGGAAUGGAGACGGUAAAGUGGGCACCCAUCUUCAAGGAGCUCGUGGAUUGCACCCCACCCAACACCAUCGUCAACUUCGAACUUCUCUGGCGCAACCCUCAGCCUAGCUGGACAUCUCCUAGCGCACGUAUAAUUCAGAUCGGCGACGCUGCACACUCUUACCUCCCGGCGUCGGGCAAUGGCGCGACACAGGCUAUCGAAGAUGCAAUCUCAAUAGCCUCAUGUUUGCAGAUCGGUGGCAAAGAGAACAUCCCACAGUCUGUGCGUGUGCACAUUCGAUUCCGAUUCAUCCGGAAUUCCUGCGCCCAGAAACUCGGCUUCUCCAACGCCGAACUCCUGCAGGACACCGAUUGGGACAAGGUCAAACUCGACCCGCGCCGCGCCGCUCCUAAACUACCCAAAUGGGUUUGGUCUCACGACCCGGAAGCCUACGCUUAUGAAAAUUAUGAGAAAUCCGCAGAGAGUUUGAAGAAAGGCGUGCAUAUGCGGGAUGAGGAUGCAUUUGAGCCCAAUUAUCCUCGUGGGUACAAGUAUGAACCCUGGAGUAUUGAGCAGGUUAUGGAAGAUAUGAGGGCGGGGAAGCCUAUUGAGCUGGGCGCGGGCGACUGGGACUGAGCACUUUCUCAUUUGCUUGCUUGUGGGGCAGUAAUACAUAGUUCAGCUUGGUAGGCACUUUCUCCGAGGCGUAGCAUAGAUCGUAAGAAUGAAUGUAUGAUUCGGC